GUUAGGGCAAGUUUCAGACGACACAAUCUGCUUAGACACUCCGCAGGGCGCAGCCUUCGCUAUCGCCUCAGGUGACAAGGGCCUCACAAUUGAAAGUUCACCUAGGGCCUCUCAAAAUAUUUGGAAUCUCAGGGCCGGCCCUAGUUCGCCGCCAUGCCAACCGUCAGCGUUGGAAGAGACCGUCUCUACGAAGCCCUAGGACAAACAUACACUCAAGAAGAAUUUGAAGAGUUGUGCUUUAAGUUUGGAAUCGAGCUUGAUGAUGUGACAACUGAAAGGGCCAUCAUCAGAAAGGAAAAACACUUGGAGGAGGAAGCUACUGAGGACGAAGAAGUUAUCUACAAAAUUGAAGUUCCGGCAAAUAGAUAUGACUUGCUUUGCCUUGAAGGGCUUGCUCAAUCCCUCCGCAUUUUUAGUGGGCUUGAUCCUAUUCCGGCAUACAAAAUGUCUGAUAUUAGUACAAAAUCCAUGCUUAAAAUGCAUGUAAAACCAGAGACAUCUUUGAUUCGCCCUUAUGUUGUUUGUGCCGUUUUAAGAGGGGUAGCUUUUGAUGAAGCAAGAUAUAACAGCUUUAUUGAACUUCAAGAUAGGCUCCAUCAAAACAUUUGCCGGCGAAGAACCCUUGUCGCCAUUGGAACUCAUGAUUUGGAUACACUAGAAGGCCCUUUCACAUAUGAGGCCCUGCCACCUUCAAACAUAAACUUUGUGCCGUUGAAACAGGUGAAGAACUUCAGAGCUGAUGAAUUGAUGGAGUUUUACCAAUCGGAUUUGAAACUGAAGAAGUUCUUGCACAUAAUUGAGGAUUCACCAGUUUUCCCUGUUUUAUAUGAUCGUAACAGAACAGUUUUGUCUUUGCCACCAAUUAUUAAUGGUGCACAUUCAGCCAUUACCUUAAAGACAAAUAAUGUGUUCAUCGAGUGCACAGCCACUGAUUUGACAAAGGCCAAAAUUGUUUUAAACACAAUGGUAACUAUGUUUUCGGUAUAUUGCAAAGAGAAGUUUGAGGUUGAACCAGUUGAAGUGAUAUACCCUGAUGGAAAAUCAUUUGUAUAUCCUGAUCUCUCGCUCUACCAUAUGGAGGUGCCUUUAUCUUACAUCACUGGUUACAUUGGAGUUCCCCUGGAGGCAAAUGAGGUCACCAGUUUGUUGAAUAAAAUGCAAUUGCAUUCUAUGCAGUCCGUAUCAGGAGAUAAACAGUGCAAUAUCAUUGUAUCUGUACCUCCAACUAGAAGUGAUAUUCUUCAUCCAUGUGAUGUGGCUGAGGAUGUUGCUAUUGCUUAUGGCUACAAUGAAAUUCCAGAGAGAAAACCUGCAUUUUUGAAGCCGCUGCCUCUGAACGAGCUCAGUAAACUUAUCAGAAUGGAGAUUGCAAUGAAUGGGUAUACAGAGGUGUUAACAUGGAUACUGAGCUCUUACAAAGAAAAUUUCUCCAUGCUGAAUCGUAAAGAUGACAAAUCAAUGGCAGUGAUCGUUGAAAAUCCCCGUUCCUCUGAUUUUGAGGUUGUUCGUAGCAGCCUCAUGCCUGGCAUAUUAAAAACUGCCAGGCACAAUAAAGACCAUCCAAAGCCCAUAAAGAUAUUUGAAGUGGGUGACAUAAUGCAUUUGGAUGAGACGAAAGAUGUUGGUGCAAGAAACCAUCGCCACCUUGCAGCUUUAUAUUGUGGUCCUAACUCAGGAUUUGAGUUAAUUCAUGGCUUGGUGGACAGAAUCAUGGAAGUAAAUGGAACUCCAUUUGUAGAAGCUGGGGAUAACUCGGGCUACUAUAUCAAAUGCUCAGAUGAGCCUGAGUUUCUUCCGGGUAGACAAGCUCACAUUAUUUAUAAAGGGAAGCACAUAGGCAGUUUUGGCAUUGUGCAUCCAGAGGUCUUAGUUAACUUUGAGAUUCCUGAUCCGUGCUCCUAUGUGGAAGUUAACAUUGAGAACUUCUUGUAAGAUUAUCCUCAUUAAUCAUGUUCAAUGUGAUUUGGCAUUGGGUUCCUAGGCUAUUAUGAAUCUCUCUUAAAUCGCGUUUCCAGCAGCCCAACUAUCAGAAAAAAAUUGUUGGUCUUAUGGAGGGGCAAAUUUUUUCGUUACUUGUGUUUGUAACUAAAAUCUCAAUAGAGCCAAAAAGGAAGAAAAAAAAAGCACCAUUUUUUCUAUUACAUCCUAAAGGUUUUUAUACCUGUAGUGGAUUGUUUAAUGUGUUCAUUUUUCUUUUUUAGUCAUGUAUUGGAAUCACACAAUGGUUGACCAAAGAAAUGUUUUUUGCAUCCUUUCAUAAGUUGUCAUAAAAAUUAGGAGCACGAA